GUAAGCCGUUCCUUUAAAAAACAUGUACUAUUAUUACAUGGCGUGUAUUUGUGCACUAAAUUAACCACAACCAAAUUAACCAAAUUGAGGGCCAUGUCAGACAGAAAGCGACGGAGAGAAGAGAGAGACGAAAGACGAGACAAAAAGAGACCGAAGGACACAAGAGAGGAGGAGAAGUACCACAAACACACUGUGAAGCUCAGUCAGGAGGUGCAGAAACUCAAACAUGUGGAGACUUUCUAUGAGCAACCUCCUCCUGGACUGAUAAAGGAAGAUGAAGAGAAACCAGAGGACUGUAUUCCUGAUGCCCCUGGAAACGAGCACGCCAGGGACUUCCUGGCUCACGCCCCCACCAGGGGCCUGUGGAUGCCUCUGGGCAAGGAGGUGAAAGUCAUGCAGUGCUGGAGAUGCAAGCGUUACGGCCACAGGACCGGAGACCGAGAAUGUCCCUUCUUCAUCAAAGGCAAUCAGAAACUGGAGCAUUUCAGAGUGGCACAUGAAGACCCGAUGUAUGACAUCAUUAGGGAAAACAAGCGCAACGAGAAGGAGACGAGGAUCGAGCAGUUGAGGCAGCUCCUACAGGAUACAACAUCCGACUCAGACUCCAGCCCCUCAUCCUCUUCUCACCACGCCCACCAGAAGAAGAAGAAAAAGAAAAAGGAUAAGAAGAAGAAGAAAAAGAAGAAGAAACAAAAGAAUAAGAAGCACAAGUCCUCAAAGAGUAGUGAAAGCUCAGACUGAGAGGAGGGGGUGUUGUUAUUGUUGGUCCGUUGGGAGAUGACAGGGGCUGCUUUCUGCCCCCCCCACCCCCUUCUGCUCUUCCUCCUACCCUGCUGGCUCUGCUUAAUAAUACAUGCAGGCAUUUAAUUCCCCUUGUCAUCAGAAACCAUUUGCUUAUGUGAUGUCUCUCUAAGCUCUGUCUCAUAUCAGAAAGCUGUCAUGUUUGUGUCGCAGGCUUCAGUCCGGGACUGAAGAUGAUGUAAUGUCAGCUCUGAAUGGGUGUGGUGAAAGAGGAAUAUUGCUCGCUGCUGUACUAUAUUUAUGUAUGUAAGUUUUGUUAGGAAAUGAUUCUGAAAAUGUUUAAGCUUUGCAAUAAUACUGAAUAAUUCCCCAAAAUGUUAUGAGGUAAUGCAACUGUAUUUCUGUAAAUACAUGGAUGAAGUGAAAAUUGUCAUUAAACACCUUUUUGUUUCA